CCUCCUGCUUGCUGCCUCGACACGCAGCCACUGAUGGGACUUGCCCAGAGAUUCUCCUGUGGGAACAUGCACGAGAGCUGUGCACGUACAAUAGAUGUGCUUUGGGAAGUUGCACCAGCCCGUUGCAUUCUGCUCCCUCUUCCUUAGGGAGACACCAUUUGUUUCAGUGUUGUCUUUAUGGAGACAGUGGUAAAUAAGCAGCUCAGGUAGGUGGGAUUCCUCCUUGCUCUCCUUAGUUCCUUAUCUGGAGCAGGGCACGGGAAGGCAGCUACUCAGGCUUUUAGCAUGCAGGAUUCAGAGGCAUUAACAUGCUGGCAGUGAUUAAUUACCACAGCCCACUGAUGUGACUGUACUUGAGCAAUUGGAUUAGGUGCAGCUGCGCUGGGGCUCACAUCAGCAGGUUCUUGUUGGAGCUGUGAUGUAGUUGGUCACACAGAAGUUAUUCCUAGGGCAGCUGCACUCCUGGUCCUGCGGUGGGCAGUCAGCGAGGUCCUGUGGCCAGCAGGAGCUGUGUUGCCCAGGUCUCACUUUCAGCCCUGUCUUCUGGCCGCUCUGUUCUGCCUUCGUGCAUAUGAAGCAGUGCAUAUCCUUAGCACAUCAGCAGGCCUUGUGGUUGCAUGGAGGAGUCAGCUCCAGAAUUGUCUUGGCAAGUCAGCAUCAUAUCAGCAUCACCCAGCAGGCCCGGCUGCGUGCUCCAAGAUGGGGAUUUGGCAUCAGCAAUCAGACAUCAACAUUGGCAUGUGUGCUGAGCACCAAGGCCAAAGCAGAUGUUGAUCCCAGCUUUGAUGUUUAAUCCAGCAUUUUGGAGGUUCAAAGUGGAGACCCAAAAGAGCUCUCACAGAAGCAGGAGGAUAAAGAGAAACUGGGUAUUUUCAUAAGAUCAGACAGAGCAAAACAUCCUGAAAUUCAGGACUAACCUGAACCUUUGUGGUGGUUCUGCCAAACGUGGCAGCACAGAUCCUGCCGGAGGAGGGAAUGCUGCUGUGUGGAGAAGCUGGGGUGGCCUGGCCCGAUAACCUGAAAGCAAGAGGAUGAGCCCUGCAGCAUGGUGAUGCCUGCAGAGCAGAGAGCAGCGGUGCAGAAUUCUGUUUGAUUUUUGGCUCUGUUCUGAGCUUGCAUGAAACGGCAGAAUCAUGGAAUGGCUUAGUUUGGAGGGGGCCUUAAAGAUGUCUGGCUCCAACUCACUGAAGCAGGCAGGGAUGCCAACCACCAGCUCAACUGCCCAGGAUCCCACCCAGCCUGCCUUGAGCGCAUCCAGAGAUGGGGCAGCCUGUCCCAGCACCUGGCUGGACAGCAGGCUGUUGGCCUUUCUGAUCCUCUCUGGCUCCGUGCUAGUCACAGCUAGUCACAGCUCAUGGAAGCUCCUGAACUCUCUUAUCUUCUACCUGUGACUGAGCAGUCUCAAACAAGUGAGUCUGCGCUUUGCCCGUCGCCGCACGUGAAAUAGUUUGGCUGUAACUCUUGAACUCCCCCAGAGGCGUCGUGCAGGUGCCCAUGCUUUUUCCACCCUCCCACGUUGGUUCUGUGUGUCUGCACUUGUAUCCAGAUUCACAGCUCUGUGCUGUGCACAGGUGAGGAUCUCUCAUGAAGAGACCAUAGCUGGGGGCAUUGCUCUGCUUCUGGGAGCUGCCCUGCCUUUGGUCCCAGCGCAGUGUGAGAGCCUGGCACCGCUUCAGCUUAUUGUUUGGUAAGGAGCUGUAUUAAAGAGAUUUCUUGGUGGUGUAAUGCUGUUCUUGCUUCUCCUGGCUUUUCUUUUGACAAUGGCUACAGAAUUCUUCCUGUACCUCCAUUGUGCUCUGCUUCUGGGUACAGAGACUGUUCUCUGGUUUUCCUAAAUGGAAUUUGGAAUUGGUGUGACCUGCAAUUGUCCGACUAGAUCUGCACAGCCUGAGUUGCUUGGCUGAGGGGCACGGGCAGCGCCUGCUGCCUGCUCCGGUGAUUCUGCAGUGGGUGAUGACUUCAUCCUCCUCUCCUGCUGGCCACAGAUAUCAGGGACUGGCUCUGUUCUGCUCAGGCACUUCUAUCCAUCCCACAGGAACGCCCUGGGGCGAAUCACAGAGUUGGCUUAACAACACAGAGCCACACCAUGGCAGUGCGUGGUUCCUGCAGCCUUGACAAAUGGGGGGCAUUGCUGCUGUGGGGACACGGUGCCCACCUCUGCAGGUGUGGCUGUAGCUCUGCAUGGCUGCUGCUGGCUAGCUGGCUGUAUGUCCUGCUGUCUGCACGUCCAUCCCACGCAGGUGUGGAGGCUCAGCUGUGAGCAGCAGCCGUGUUUCUGUGCUGAUACCAUCUCAGCUCCACAGCAGCCACAUUCCUCAGCUGCUGCCUUCCUCCCCUGGCUGCAGCCUCUGAUCUGCCCGUGCUUGCAGCACGGCUGCUCUCUAGUCCCUCUGUGCAGCAGGACCUUCCAGUGAUGGGGGUGCAGGCGAAGAAGCUCAUGGACAAGGUGCUAUGGGUGCAGGCUCUGUGGAGGCUGAGAGCCCCUUUCUACCUUCUUAUAGCUCUGUGCAGAGUGACAGUGCCCUGGUUUCCCACUGUGGCAGUCAGUGGCCUCACCAGAGGCUCCUUCAGAGCCUUGUUCUGUCUCCAGAACUCAUUCAGAACAAGAUGUGCAGAGCACGUUGGAAGUUCUCUGGAUACCUGUUGCUGUAGUUCUCUUCUUGUUGAGGUGACUUCAAGCUCAUCCAAAUUCACCAUGUCCAAAAUUCAUCCACAUUCCUGUGCCAUUUGAUGUGUGUUGGAUUCUCUUCUCCUGACAAGGCAGGGAGCUGGCAGGAGCUGGAGCCUGCAGGAAGUGAGGCUUGCCUUUACCUAUCCAGCUGUUCCAUUUCUGGUGGUGACAGUGUUUGGAGAGGCAGCUCAGGUGUUUGACUCUGGGUAAAGACCACAGUGUUGCCUUUGGGAAGAGCCCGGAUUUGGUUUCUCUGUUACUCAGCCCGAUGUGCUCCUGCCCUGGGCUCUCCUGUGGCCCAGCAUCUCACACUGACCCCCUCCCACCUGAUUCCCAGGGCUUUCCAGCACUGUUUUCUACCUCUGCUGUUUCUCCUGCCUUUCACUUGAGGGUUUUUUGAGACUGGCGGUGCUCGGAUCAGGUAUUUGCCUGACAAAUGCUGCACCAGAGGUUACUGUGUUCGACUUGCAAUCCCACUGCCCACUGUGUGCAGCCGUGUGGCCUCCGGCCAAAGCAUGCUGCAGCAAUGGGUGGCGGGCUGCAGGGUUUGGGGAUGGAUUAGGUUUCAUCUUGACAAGCAAACAGCUUCAGGGGUGAGGAACGCUAAAGCAUCCUCAGCCCAAGGACUCAGUGUCCAGAAUAGCACAAGCUCUGCGUCAGCCUCAAGGCGCCCACAGCGAGCUCCAGCUUUGUUCGUUAGCUGGGCGGAUGCAGAACCCGCCCUGUGAUGGCUUUGCACAGGGCAGCUCCCAGCCCUGCUCGCACGCUCUGCACUCCGGGCAGCAGGAGGUGUGUGAGGGCAGCCAGGCGUACACCCCCGUGUGGGAGCUGUGCUGGGGGCUCUGGCUGGUGGUCGUGAGGCAGGCAGGGUUUGCUCUGGGAAUUCGGAGCUGCUGCUCUCAGCCUGGGAAAUGAAGGGUUGGUUAAAGGUGCCUGAGCACCUGGGUCCCCGGCAGUCCAGUUCCAAGUGCGCUCUGUGGCCUCACAUGCCUAGCUUGCUCAGGUCUGAUCCUAGAUUGUGUGUUGCUGGCCCCAGAGUCAGGCAUGGAUACUGGCUAAUCCCAAAGACUGGAAUAGAGUUUUGAGAAGUCAGGCUAUGGGGCGGAGGAGAGGAAGCAUCUGUAAGCAUCUGUCAUGCAUCGAGUAUCAAAGGUUUCUAGGGGCCUUCAUGCUGAGUAAUCAGCGUUUAAAUUUGCUGCUGCCCCAGCCUGAGUGCAGCUUGCCUCCAAAGACCCCUCUGCACUGUGUCUGCCCAGAGCCUGGGGCCAGUGGGUGCUCCAGGAGCAGCAUAACUGUGUGCAUGGAAAGCAGGAGGGUCUGAUUGCUCUAGAGAUGCUGUACAUCAGGGAAAGAGCUGGGAAGCUCUCGCUGAUAGCGUUAACUCUUAGGGUUUAAUCCAAAAGCGAAUUAAAACAAAUGGGGUGGAAGGUAGGAAGCCCGGCGUCCAUCACAAGGAGGUCUGUGCGUGCUGGCUGGCUGGCUGGGGAUUGCGAUUAGUUUGCUGAUGGGUUUCCUUUCCUCACCCAGGUUGCCAGGACCCUUAGGAUGAGGCUGCUGUGAGGAGUGGCAGAUCCGCUGCCUGCACUGCCGUGCCUGCACACCCCACCCCGCGUCCCUCCUCCGGCUGGAGCGCCGUCUGAGAGCCACUGGGCAGAAUGACUGUUGGAUGUGUCCUGCAGCCCCCGUUCCUGGGGAGGACUUUGCUCCCAGUGCUGCUGCUUGCAGCCUCAGCUCACUGCCACUGGCCCAGCGAGCCGGCAGAAGUGCUGAAGGACUGGGAAAACCAGCUGGAGGCCUCCAUGCACUCCGUGCUCUCAGACCUCCGAGAGACUGUGCCGGCUGUGGUGGGGAUACCAGACAGCUCCGCCGUGGUGGGCCGCUUCUUCAGAGUCUCCAUCCCCACAGAUUUAAUUGCUUCCAAUGGAGAAGUAGUCCAGGUCUCCGAAGCUGGGAAGGAGUCCUUGCCUUCGUGGUUACACUGGAACGCAGAGAGCAGCUCCCUGGAAGGGCUGCCCCUGGACACGGACAAGGGCGUCCACUACAUCUCGGUGAGCACGCUGCAGCCCUUCCCCAACGGCAGCUACGUGCCGCAGGCCGCCAACGUCUUCUCCGUGGAGGUGCACCAGGAAGACCACAGCGAGCCGCAGUCGGUUCGAGCGGCAGCCCAGGAUUUGGGCGACGCCACGCCGUUUGUGUGCGGUGCAGAGGAGCCGGUCACCAUCCUGACCGUCAUUCUGGAUGCCGAUUUGACAAAAAUGACACCAAAGCAGAGGAUCGAACUUUUAAACAGAAUGAGAAGCUUCUCGGAGGUGGAGCUUCACAACAUGAAGUUGGUUCCCGUUGUAAAUAACAGACUCUUUGACAUGUCGGCCUUCAUGGCUGGGCCGGGAAAUGCAAAGAAGGUGGUGGAAAACGGGGCCUUACUCUCGUGGAAACUGGGCUGUUCUUUGAGUCAAAACAGCGUCCCCAACAUCAGCAAGGUCGAGGCCCCGGCGAAAGAAGGGACUAUGUCUGCCCGCCUCGGCUACCCUGUAGUCGGCUGGCACAUCGCUAACAAGAAACCUCACCUCCCAAAAAGGAUGCGGCGGCAGAUCAACGCCACCCCCACGCCGCUGACCGCCGUCGGACCUCCCACCACCGCCGCUCAAGAGCCGCCGACGAGGAUUGUCCCCACGCCAACAUCGCCCGCCAUCGCUCCCCCCACGGAGACAACGGCCCCGCCGGUCAGGGAGCCCAUCCCGCUGCCGAGGAAGCCUACGGUCACCAUCAGGACGAGGGGCCCCAUCGUGCAGACACCCACGCUCGGGCCGAUCCAGCCGACCAGGCUGGCGGAAGGCACCGGGACGGUCUCCGUGCCCAUUCGCCCCACGAUGCCCGGCUACGUGGAGCCCACCGCCGUGAUCACGCCGCCCACCACCACCACCAAGAAGCCCAGAGUCUCCACUCUGAAGCCCGCCACGCCGUCCACGACGGAUUCCUCCACGGCGACAACACGCAGACCUACCCGGAGGCCCAAAACGCCCCGUCCCACCAAGCCUCCCAGCACCACCCGCUCCCCGAUCUCCAAGCUGACCACCGCCUCCCCUCCCACCCGCGUCCGCACCACCGCCAGCGGCAUCCCCCGGCCCUGGGAGCCCAACGAGCCGCCCAAGCUGACCAACCACAUCGACAGGGUAGACGCGUGGGAGGGGACUUACUUUGAGGUGAAAAUACCCUCAGACACUUUCUACGAUAAGGAAGAUACCACCACGGACAAGCUGCAGCUGACCUUGAAGCUGAAGGAGCAGCAAAUGAUUGAGGAGAAUUCGUGGGUCCAGUUCAACAGCACCAGCCAGCUCAUGUACGGCAUGCCGGACCGCAGCCACGUGGGGAAGCACGAGUACUUCAUGUAUGCCACCGACAAAGGGGGGCUGUUUGCCGUGGACGCUUUUGAGAUCCACGUCCACAAACGCCCGCAUGGGGACAAAUCCCCAGUGAAGUUCAAGGCCAGGCUGGAAGGGGACCACAGCGCGGUGGCAAAUGACAUCCACAAGAAGAUCAUGCUGGUGAAGAAGCUGGCCCUGGCGUUCGGCGAUAGGAACAGCAGCACCAUCACGGUGCAGGACAUCGCCAAGGGCUCCAUCGUGGUGGAAUGGACCAACAACACGCUGCCUCUGGAGCCCUGCCCCCGCGAGCAGAUCCGGACUUUGAGCAGAAAGAUUGCGGAUGACUCGGGGGGGCCGAGCCCGGCUUUCUCCAACAUCUUGCAGCCGGAGUUCAAACCUCUGAACGUGUCGGUGGUGGGCUCCGGCAGCUGCAGGCACAUCCAGUUUGUCCCCGUGAUGAAGGACGGCAGGGUGAUCUCGGAGGCAACGCCGACGGUGGUGGCUGGGAAGGACCCCGAGAAGAGCAGCGAAGACGACGUGUACCUGCACACCGUCAUCCCCGCCGUGGUGGUGGCCGCCAUCCUGCUGGUGGCCGGCAUCAUCGCCAUGAUCUGCUACCGCAAGAAGAGGAAAGGCAAGCUGACCAUCGAAGACCAGGCCACGUUCAUUAAGAAGGGCGUGCCCAUCAUCUUCGCCGACGAGCUGGACGACUCCAAGCCCCCGCCGUCCUCCAGCAUGCCCCUCAUCCUGCAGGAGGAGAAAGCCCCGCUGCCCCCCCCAGAGUACCCCAACCAGAGCAUGCCCGAGACCACGCCGCUCAACCAGGACACCGUCGGGGAGUACACGCCGCUGCGGGACGAGGACCCCAACGCGCCGCCCUACCAGCCGCCCCCCCCCUUCACGGCUCCCAUGGAGGGGAAGGGCUCCCGCCCGAAGAACAUGACCCCCUACCGCUCCCCUCCGCCCUACGUCCCCCCUUAACGAACGGGACGCUCGGGGGGAGACGGGGCCUCCGGUCCCACACCGCUGCCGCCUGCGGGCCGGCCGCCCCCUUGC